AAGCUUAACAAUUUCUAUAAAUUAAUCAGUUUCAUUACACGCUGUAACUCGCACAUAAAAUGAAGUUUUUCAUCAUUGAAUUGAGCUUGUGCUUGCUGAUCGUAUUCCAAGGUUAUCAAUGCAGUGAGUAUUCCGCCACCUCAGAUCCUCCUGUCAGAGAUGCGAAUGAGGAAGCAUUUGCAGCUCUUCAAAAUGGAGACGUUGAGAGCGUCGAACAUUUACUGUCUUCUGUGAAUGUGAACGAUCCAGAUAGGUAUGGUUAUACAUUACUACUGCGGGCAGCGAGGAAAGGUGAUGAGAAAAUGGUAGAGAUGUUAUUAAAGCAUGGAGCAGACAUUAAUAAAACUGACAGGCAAAAUGCAUUCACCCCAUUCCAUUUGGUUAACAAGAAUCGCGGGUGUGAUUUUAGUUGCGAGCCCAAAGACCAAGUCGUCUACGAUAGAAUUGCAGAAAUGUUGAUUAAAAAUGGUGCAGACGUUACUUUACCAGACAAACACGGACAGACAGCAUUACAUGAUGCAGCACAGUACGGCUUUGAAAAAGUCGCCGAAAUGAUAGUGAACAUCAGUAACGGAGCGAUAGUCAAUCAUAAGACGUACAACGGGGACACACCAUUAUGCUUUGUGGCCUAUUACGGAACUAAUUCGGAAAGUCAGAAUAAAAUCGCCGACUUGUUGAUCAAACACGGGGCUGUCGUUAAUAUGCUGUGCCGAGGAAAUGGAAGAGACGACCAAAGAACUCCGCUGCAUUUGGCCGCAUAUAAAAAUCGUGGUAAAAUUGUAGAAUUGUUACUCGAAAAUGGUGCUGAUUCUGCGGUUAAGGAUAAAGAUGGUAAGACCGCUCUUGAUCUGGCUAAGGAACGUAAUUACGACAAUAGCAAUCAACACGCCGUUGAUCUCUUGACGCAACAUGAAAAGCAGUGACGAGGAAAAGUUUCGGAUACUUCCCUCAAUUACAUUAUACAUAUCGGACGAAUAAAGUUUGGUUAUCAUACUGAAGAAAA